UGUACAUCGUUGUUUCAGUAAUCAAUUUCCAAUUAUACUGUCCGGUCUCUCAUAUUAUUCAUUGUUGCAUGCCUAUGUUCGCUUCACAAUUACUAGUUAGGUAGGUAGGUACUUUCAAUGUAACGAAUAAAAAAGCAAUAAUGUAGUGAGCAGUGAGCAUGCACCACUGACACAAUAGUUUUUAGAUAAGUAAAACGCAAUGGGAGACAACAACCUCUGAUGAUAGGAACGAUUUAAAAAAACAAAUCUGACCGGGAAAGUGAAAAAAGUUUUCCCUGAACUUGAAUAGCGUACGGUCUCAUGGUUGAAUAACAAAACUCAAAUGUGUGCACCCGCAGAAAUGGUCCUUCAAUUAGACAAUUAUAACAAGACAAAUAAAAUCAAAACAAAACCAAAAUGUUGUCACCGGUAAAAUGUGAACUUUGCUGUGACUGAUUUGAUUUUUCAUAAGUGGUCACGAUAUAAACGCGUGCAAUUUCCUUGUAUAAACAGAAUUAGUGUUAAGUAAUACCUUUGGCGGUUAACCAUGAUUCAUGAAUCGAAUUUUCAACAACAAAAAGAACGAUAGCAGAUGACUCCGUCGGCCCGAAUUUUCAUGUGGUGAAAUUGUACAAAAAUGGCAUCCAAAACUCCGAAUUUAUUAGAACUUAAGCCUGCUUUGAACAAUCAGUCAAAGACAAAUGCCGACGAAACAUCACCAAGCCGUUCUCCGCGCAGUUCACCGACACAAAUAGGGAAACAGCUGCUGAAACCGUUGCAGAAACCGCUGCAGUUAUUUUCUAGUUCUGCAACAGGCAAUCCACGCAACAAAUGUGCCCUGAAACCCGGUCAUUCGCUGAUGGACUGGAUCCGAUUAGGUAGCUCUGGUUGUGAUUUAGCUGGAACUGGCGGUGUAGUUUCGGCUGUUAGUCAUAAGGAAUUGGCGAAAAAUUGUAAAUGUGAUGACGCUUGGCUGGCCAUUCGAGGGAAAGUGUACAAUGUUACGCGGUACAUGGACUUUCAUCCUGGAGGUACUGACGAACUGAUGAAAGGUGUCGGCAAAGAUGCCACGAAGAUUUUUGACGAAGUACAUGCAUGGGUAAAUUACGAACAAUUGCUGGGAAAGUGCUAUGUGGGACCACUACGAAAUAUCGCAACCAUAUCAAUUGGUGAUGACAAUGCAUCAUCAACAAACACGGAUUCGUUCAAAGCACCACCGGAUUCGUUCAAAGCACCACAUACGGUGGCCACGAACCAAUUGACACUAAAACCACCGACCAAUGCAAUGUCGGAGCCAAUCGAAGUGAUUCCACGAUUCGAUUGGAUUCAAAAGACCACUGAUUUGACUGUGAUUUUUUAUACCAAAUCGAUGUGCAAUCCCGGCUUCAGCGUCGAAUGUAUGGGCGAAUGUGAGGUGGUCGUUCGGAUUUUUAUUGAUCGAGUUAUGCAUUUCUGUUCGUUUCAAUUCACCCAUCCGGUGGUGUGGCCAUGUUCGAUUAAAAUGUCUAGCGAAACAGGUAAAAUUGAACUGUGCUUCACGAAAGCAGCACCUGCUCUGUGGACUAGUUUUGGUCUGUUGGAUCGACGGAAAACUACCGAGCUGACAAACUGCUUUGUCGAAUACGAUGUCAUUACAAGAGUACAAAUUUCGCACGAUUCUUAUGCAAUUAUUAUCAAACCCAAACAGAAUAUUUUACAACAUUUUCCCAUUGGUUAUCAUAUCAGCGUAACGGCCAAAAUUGAUGGAUCGGAAACGAGUCGCAGCUAUACACCAGUACCUACGUCAUAUCUGACUUUACCGUGCCCGAGUUCCUGCAUACCAUUUCUCAUCAAAUCCUACCCCACCGGCAUUCUAUCGAAGUUCCUAACAACCGGUGACCCUCUCGCAAAUUCCUUUUUCCUUUCGUAUCCCAAAGGCAAUUUUGUGCUUCAACACCUAAGCAACUUUAAUCGUUUCGGUAUUCUGGCUGCUGGCAGCGGUAUAACACCAAUGUUAAGUUUGUUGGAUUAUCUUCUCAAACGAACAAGCAACAAAGUUGAAGCAAUAAAUUUUUGUUAUUUCAAUAAAGUGGAGGAAAACAUUUGGUGUCGUGAGAGACUGGAUUUGUUAGCAGAGGGAAAUGAGCGCUUAAAAAUCACAUACUAUCUAUCCGAACCAUCACCGUCAUGGACUGGUCGAACCGGCCACAUAACUUCUGAUGUAAUCAAAACACUUAUCGAUCCAUCAACGGCAAAUAUAUCCACAUUCUGUUGUGUGUGCGGACCGCAACCAUUCAACGAAUUGGCUUUGGAAUUUUUGCAAGGUGCUGGUUUUCAAUCGAGUGAUUUGCAUAUUUUCCAUGGCUAAAAACAUGGUUUGCAAUGGGACGGGUGCUUACACUCCAACGAAAAAAUAAAAAUGAAAAAAAUUGUGCGGUUGGUAAAGGCAAAUAAAUUGUUUGUUUUUCUAUUUAGAUAGAUAUAUUCGUUCGUUCGAGGGUGCUUUAUGUAAAUAAAUUUGGAAGUUUUCAACGUAAGAAAAUUUAAAGAGAAAAAGUCUAUUUUCAGCUUUUUAUUUAAUCAAAUGUACAGUUUAGAUGAACGAGAUAUUGUAUGAAGAGAAUAAUAAAAAAAAUUGAGAAG